CUAAAGAAAGACUUCCGUCUUUCUAGGGAGUCCGUGAAUGCCCUUGUGGAGGCCCUGGUGGAUGAGCACAUCCAUGGCUGGGGGAGAGAACUGGAGGUGGCAGUUUUUCUAUACUGGCUGGCCAGUGCCACCUCCUACAGAGUGGUCUCUGAGGCCUUUGAUGUGCCUCUUUCCACCGUCCACAUGAUUGUCCAUCGGGUUGCAAAGGGAAUACUGCAGAUCUACACAAAGGCUGUAUGUUUCCCGUCUGAGGCUGAGCUGGAGGUCAUCGGAGCGGGGUUCGCCCAGCUGGCUGGUUCACCUGCCUUGAACCGUGUGGCUGGGAGCAUUGACUGCAGCCACAUUAGAAUAAAGCCUCCUGGGGAAUACAAGGAGGAUUAUUAUAAUAGAAAGUUGUUCCAUUCAAUUCAGCUGCAGGCCAUUUGUGACCAUAAAGGGCGCUUCCUCAAUGCUUUUGUUGGCCUUCCUGGCUCGGUCCAUGAUGCCCGGGUGCUCAGGUGGAGCUCUGUGUAUGUGCAGCAGCUGUACCCACCACCUGGGUGGUGCAUUAUAGGCGAUGGAGGCUAUCCUUGCCUUGCUACCCCCAUCUGCCUGAUGACCCCGUUCCGGGAGCCAGUACAGGGCCCCGUACAGGCCAGGUACAACAAGCACCUGUCAAAGGCAAGGUGUGUUGUGGAGAGGGCCUUCGGGAUGAUGAAGACCAGGUGGAGAUCCAUCUUUCUGAAGGCCCUUGAGGUUAAGUCAACCUUUGCCCCAGUGGUGGUGUCCUGCUGUGUCUUCCUCCACAACUUGUGCCUAUCAAAUGGAGACUUUGUGGAGCCAGGAGACUUUCCACAGGAUCUCCCCGACAACAAUGAAAUGCAGCAUGCUGUGGAACCAGGGGACAACAUCAGGCGCAGACUGGCUGCUGCUGUCUCUGCACCAAAUGCCUGCAUAGAUGCACUGAGAGAUCAUGUGUACUGAACAUGGUCUGCACCCUGGAGACUCAUUUGUAAAUAGUUAAAUAGUAUACCUGUAUAUAGUUCUUUGCUUUUUCCUAGUGUUGUCUUUUGUCUGUGUAUGCCCCAUGUUCCGUCUUUUGUGUUUUAUUAACCUUGUCCUGUCUUACUAACAAUUAUAUUCACAACUUGUUCAAUAAAAAUGAUUUGUUAUAACUAAA